AUGACAGUGACUGUAACCCUAGAUAAAAAAAAUGUCUGGUUUCUUCCUGUAAACGUUGAAUUUCUUCUAGAAUCUCUGUGUAUUCUGAAACAAGCUAUAACUUCAUACUUCAGGAUCAACAUGAAUUAUCUUAAGUUUGCCCUUUCGACCAUAACUCUUGCCCUUGUCCUUGGCUGUUGUCUUGGAAAUGGCUAUGGUGGCUAUGGAGGAGGAUAUGACAUGUACGGCGGAGCGAUGUAUGGAGGAUAUGGUGGUUACGGAAAAGGCUAUGGAGGGGGAUAUAGCGGAUAUGGCGGACAUGGCAAAGGAUACGGAGGGAAAGGAUACGGCCAUCAAGAAAGGGCUCUGUAUAUUCCUUACCCUGUACCCGCUGGACCUGCACCAGGAUUUGUAGCAGGAGCCGCCGCAGCAGAGUACAACGACGACAACAGUUAUCUUUUGUUGUUCGGAGGUGCCCUCUUGUUGUUGCUGCUGAUCAAUAAUAACAACAACAGUGGAUAG